AUGGGUGUUGGAGAUGAAAAAUUGUCAGAGCAGCUGGUGAUAAGUGUAGCCAAGAUUCAGACUGUGUUUGCGACGAUGGUUUCACUGCAAAAUGUCACGACAAUAGCUGCCGAUGUCGCCAUCACGGACAUCANCCCAANAAACACGCUGGCGCUGUUUAUUGUACCGAACUAUCAGUAUUCAUGUUGUUCUUUUUCAGUUCGAGCCGCGGGUGAUGCCUGUGACGCCAACAACCCAUGUACAUGUGCCGAUGGAUUUACUGCUAAAUGUCAUGAAAAUAUUUGCCGAUGUCACCAUCACGGACACGUUACCCAUCAUCCACACCAUACCAAACACCCACACACAACUAAAGCUCCAGCCGUAAGAGCCGCAGGUGAUAAUUGUGCUGUUGUAUCGGACUGCAAAUGUCCAGACGGAUUCAAUGCUAAAUGUCAUGAAAAUAUUUGCCGAUGUCACCAUCACGGACACGUUACCCAUCAUCCACACCAUACCAAACACCCCCACACAACUAAAGCUCCAGCUGUCAGAGCCGCUGGUGAUGCCUGUGCUGUUGUAGCAGACUGCAAAUGUCCAGACGGAUUCAAUGCUAAAUGCCAUGAAAAGAUAUGCCGAUGUCACCAUCACGGACACGUUACCCAUCAUCCACACCAUACCAAACACCCACACACAACUAAAGCUCCAGCUGUCAGAGCCGCUGGUGAUGCCUGUGCUGUUGUAGCAGACUGCAAAUGUCCAGACGGAUUCAAUGCUAAAUGCCAUGAAAAGAUCUGCCGAUGUCACCAUCACGGACACGUUACCCAUCAUCCACACCAUACCAAACACCCCCACACAACUAAAGCUCCAGCCGUAAGAGCCGCUGGUGAUGCCUGUGCUGUUGUAGCAGACUGCAAAUGUCCAGACGGAUUCAAUGCUAAAUGCCAUGAAAAGAUAUGCCGAUGUCACCAUCACGGACACGUUACCCACCAUCCACAUCAUACCCAACACCCACACACAACUAAAGCUCCAGCUGUCAGAGCCGCUGGGGAUGCCUGUGCUGUUGUAGCGGACUGCAAAUGUCCAGACGGAUUCAAUGCUAAAUGCCAUGAAAAGAUCUGCCGAUGUCACCAUCACGGACACGUUACCCAUCAUCCACACCAUACCAAACACCCCCACACAACCAUAGCUCCAUAA